AUGUUGACUUCAUCUGCAACAAACAGUUCCUAUUCCUCCAGCGUCUCGUCCGAACCGAACCUCUCUCCAUACCACCAUCCCCCCACAUCCACAGUUUCAUUGAACUCCCGCCGAACUCCAAUGGCUGUCAAGUACCCUCGGUUUUACUCCUCCCCCGUGGACGAGGAAACCGACUCAACUCCUCUACAAGUCUAUGGCCUAGAGCAACGAGAACCCUCUAUCUACAGUAAACCUCCCAAGCUAUUCCGCCGAGUCUCACACGUACUAGGCGAUAUCCGUGAAGACUUCUCCACGGAUGCUCGCCAAACUACAGAAAAGCUCAAGCGUCGUUCAACUAUGUUCUCCGACGGUUCUGGUCUCAGUGCUCCCCCAUCGCGUUCAGGAGUCCCAAUGACAUCCCACGGACCCCCGCGGUCGCGGCCAAUGUCCAUCAUCUCCUUCGACAACUGGUCUGCCCCGAAACGAGGAAUGAGCCAGCGAAUCUCCCGCCGGCUAUCUGUUUUCUCUUUGCGGGGCAAGCCUACCCGUUCCAAGGAGGCCAACAUAUCCUCGCCGAAUCUGAUCGGUUCAUCGACUCAAUACGGAAAUAGAAGCCAAGCUUCGUUCAUCUAA